CGGGAUCCCAAGAUUCGCCCGGCCAGCAUCGAUCGCAUUAUGAGUGUCAAGAAGCGCGUCCAGAAGCAAAUGGAGUUCUACCUCAGUAUGGCCAACCUCCGAAGCGACAAGUUCCUCCAGCAGUCCAUGGAUGACGAAGGCUACAUGCCCAUCGACGUCUUCCUCACCUUCAACCGCAUGAAAGCCAUCGGAGCGACGACGCGCAUUCUCACGGACGCUAUCCGCAAGUCGCCGAUCAUGGUGCUUAGCGACGACGAGGCGUACGUUCGUCCGACAGAGUUGCCCGACUAUGACGACGACGACAGUAUCGAGCGAACCAUCUACAUUGAAAACUUCUCGGUGGGUUCGGACCACGACAGUCUUCGCAAACUCUUCUCGCCCUUUGGCAAGGUCAACCUCGUGAGCAUGCCCCGCUUUGCAGGCUCGAGAAAGUUCAAAGGCUUUGCGUUCAUCGAAUUUGCCUCGGUUGAUGUUGUCGCCCCAGUCCUCGCGGCUCUGAAGGCUCACAAGAAGACGACACCAUCGCCGGACGCACCGCCGACGGCCGGCAUCUCGGGCAUGGCAAAGACACGCUGGGUCGCGCUGCGCGAUAGCCUCAAAGCACAGAUGGCCAUGGCACACACGGACACAUCGUCCUGCAGCACGCUUCAGCAUGCUGUCGAGAGCGCUUCCGCGGCGCCAACCCCCGACUUUUUCACCCGGGGCCUCCUGGUGCAGCUCACAAACGUGCCCGUGGAGACGCCUCGGAAGACGCUCAAGGCCGCGCUUGAAGUCGCUGCGCCCGUUGCCUUUCUCGACGACACCAAGCUCCGCGCCGGCGGAUCCGUCGUCGUGGCGCGCUUCUUGUCGACGUCGCACUCGGCCAACGUGCUGCGACAUUUUGCCGCCCAUCCGCUGCAGCUCCAAGACGUGACGAUCGAGAUGACGGGCAUGACGGGCCUUGCCGAAGAGCAGUACUGGACGUCGCAUGUCCACCUUCAGUCGGCCAAGCAGGCGCAGAAGCGCGCCAAAGCGGACAACGACGACGAAGACACUUCGCAUUCCAACAAACGCAAGAAGAGCGAAUUCUAUUAGAUGCGAAAGCUGCUCGGCUCAAUGUGUUCGACGCU